AAGUGAUUGGGUGAGCCCGGAUCACGUGACCAUCCUUCGACAGGAGUUUCCACGACAGCUGAGUAGCAGCUAAAUGCGUUUUUUCACCUGUAACAUUGCUCCUUUUUCUACUCCUGUGAGGCCAAGUUGUGUAAAAUGGGAGACAAGAAGAGUCCCACGAGGCCAAAGCGGCAGUGCAAGCCCUUCGCCGACGAUGGGUACUGGGACUGUAGCGUCUGCACGUUCAGGAACAGCGCCGAGGCGUUCAAGUGCAUGAUGUGUGAUGUCAGAAAGGGGACGUCAACUCGAAAACCACGGCCUGUUUCUCAGCUGGUUGCACAGCAAGUAAAUCAGCAGUUUGCACCACCAACGCAGCCCAAAAAGGAGAAGAAAGAGAAAUCGGAGAAAGACAAAAAUGAUAAAGAAUUGACACUGAAAAAGAAAAGCCAUAAAAAGAUGAGGCCCAGGUUAAAAAACAUCGACAGGAGCAGCGCUCAGCACCUGGAGGUCACAGUUGGAGAUUUGACUGUAAUAAUCACAGACUUUAAGGAGAAAGCCAAACCCACGUCCACUUCAACAAGUGCUGCCUCAGCAGACCAACACAGUCAAAGCGGCUCAAGCUCUGAUAACACUGAACGAGGCGUCUCCAGAUGCUCUUCGCCCCGCGGUGAAGGCUCGUCAGUUAAUGGAGAGACUCACUAACAUUCAGACCUUCACACUCCCAGUCAGCACAGCCCCUUCUUCUGCACUCUCAACAGCCUCAACCAGAGGUUAAACUCCAAAAUGCACGUUUUUGUUCAUAAUACUAUAAAUGCCAAUAUGAUAGCAUUCGCUUCUCACUCUGGGUUGUAUUUUUCACAGCCUCCCUAUGAUGAUAAGGAAUUCGGGAGUCAGGAUGUAUGCUGUACACUCAACACUCAGAGAACUGAUGCAGCAAACUUAUGAUGAAAUGAAGAAAGGAACAGUAGCAUUAAAUCCUGGAUAUUGUGCGUUGUGGUAACUUGUGUUUCAACACCUCAGUGUUACGUCAGUAUCAUGUUCAGUUGGUCGUUGCUGCACAGAAUACACGAUGCAUUAUGAAAGAAAUGUGAAGAAGUCACCUCGGAAUUGAAGUUUAUCCUUGAAUUCAUUAUUUGCACUUAAUGGCAUCCUGUGUUCACCGUAGCAUUGUUUUAGCAUUAUUUCCAUUUUUGCCAUUAUCAGUAAUCUUAACACUGUCGGUUACUGGCCUUUUCCAGAUCUCAUUUUACGCCAUUGGAUGGAAUAAUUGUUUUACUCUCUAACAUUUGAGUACAAAUAUUGAACAGUUAUUCUAAGUAUGCUUCACCUUCACUUGGUAGAGUUGAGCAUGAUUUAAUCUAUAGAAUGGUUUAUAUUGUAAAAUAAUGUUGAAUAAAAUAAGAUGUAGAUACUUGAA